AGCUCAGGCUGCUGAUCAUCUCCGAGGUUCCGAUUAGCUCGCGUGUGCCCGUUUGGAGAACAUCCGGUUAGCAACUUCAGGCCUACCAGUCCGCUGGGUCCACAAAGCAGAACCGUGAGUCAUGGAACUCAUAUCACGCCGGCCGGGACAUGUUAUUGCGCCUCACUUUUCAGGUACAGCACACCUUUGGGGAGGAAUUGGGCAUCCAAGGGGCAGCAUCCGUGCGCAGGCGGAGCGGCAGCGGCGCGUCCCUAGGUAAUCGCGCUAUCACGCUUCCACGUGGGUCCGCCAGAGCAUCAACGUCAGUUCGUCCUGCGCCUGUAUCAGUCUUUCGACCAAUCCCCGAGGGACCCUACUCGGGCUUACGACGCCCCUUUGACCGCUCAUCAAGAUUUCGUCCGCCUCCGCAAAAUGAUGGUCACUGCAUCGCCGAUUGAGGUAGUUCGCUUACAGAAUAGUGGUCUGAUUUUCACGACUGUUGAUAGCCCUCAGUGACCAUGCGCAAACCACAGGUUCCAGCAGAAUGGGUCCUUCGCUGCCCAAUAGCCGUUUGCUGCAGCAUCGGCGCGAAACGAGAGGCUCGGGCGCUUUCCUCCGCUAAGCAGGCUUCCUUUCUCCGCAUCUCUCAGCCUGCAGCGGCGCAGUCGAACAACUCCAAUCGAAAAAAACAGCAGACUACCCUUGUAUAUGCUACAGGGAUCUCUCUCCGGACAUCCUCUCCGGACAUAUCCCACCUGGGCAUGCGACACUUUCCCUUUUACCACCAUGCAUGCGAACCCGACCCCCAUGAUUCCAACCGCGUCGCCGCAGGCCACCGCUUCUGGCAAACAACCCAGCAUUCUGGUCGACAGCAGGGUCCACACUUCCCGUUUUGUGGGGGUGCUUUCCGGCUGGCACAAAGUGCCGAAGCGAAUGGGCAGCUCCCGGAUCGCGAGUCAUGUCUCAAACGACUGCGCCGGCUGGGGCGCGUGCCUGGCGUGAGCCAAUCACGAUUGCGGGAGCUCGGCCGAGACGCCUUGCAGAGGCAGGCGGCUCUGGGAGUGGAAAGGCAGAGCAUGUUGCAAUCCUUUGAAGCCAUGGCGAGUUCUCCGACCGCGCGUCCUACCGCUGCUACCAGUACUUCCUACACCUUUCAUCACUGGCACUAUCCCAGCUCAAAGCAAUCCUUCCGGGUUUUGCCUAUUCGUAUUGAUUUCAACUUGCAGCAGACGUCCACACCGCAGAUCUUCACCAAUACGCCCUUUUCCCUCUUGCUCUCUUUAGUCACAGCAGGAAGGAGAACAAUUCAGUCGCGGGCUAUUCAACACAAAGAGUAUAUACAUUCGGUAUGGACCAGACAAAUAUGUACAACUGCUUCGACCCGAAGAAAAUAUAUACAAAUAAACGGCUAAUCCGCCACUUAACAGGAUACCCCUAACGUCUACCGAAACAGCUCAAUAGCAUCCAAAAUGACAUUCGGCUGCAGAUACAUAUCCCCGCUACUCCCACUCGCCACAUUGACCGUAAUAGUAUUGCUCCCACUUACCAGCGUCCCCGCGGGAAUCGAAUAGUCGUAGACUUCUCCGAAUCCACGAU